CACACACACACACAACCAGUACCAGAUCCACAAGCCAGCAGAAAGGAAGAAGAUGAUGAGCACCAAGGCCCUCACCCUCGGCGCGGUCGUCGUCCUCGCCAUCGCCAUGGCGGGCGCGCACGCCGAGCAGUGCGGCCACGCGGCCGACGGCAUGGAGUGCCCAAACAACCUCUGCUGCAGCGCGUGGGGGUACUGCGGCAUGGACGCCAACUACUGCGGCGACGGCUGCCAGAGCGGCGCAUGCUACGAGCCCAAACGCUGCGGCGCCCAGGCCGAGGGGAACGCGGUGACGUGCCCCAACAACCACUGCUGCAGCGGCAACGGGUACUGCGGCUACGGCCAGGAGUACUGCGGCGACGGCUGCCAGAACGGGCCAUGCCGCGCCAACAUCAAGUGCAGCGCCGACAAGCCGUGCCUGAGCAACUUCUGCUGCAGCAAGUACGGAUACUGCGGGCUCGGCGUCGAGUUCUGCGGCCAGGGCUGCCAGAGCGGCGCCUGCCAUGACGCCGUUGGCGCCGCCGCCCUGCCGCUCAGCUCCAUAGUGCAGGGGUGAUCUUGAACUGCGCAUGGCUACAAGUAUUGCGACGGGAUCAGGUGAGGAGAUGAGUUGUGGCAAUGUCGAUCGUUGCCACGUCUUCUUCACCGGCUAGUUUGCGUUUUCCUCGUCUUUACAAUCGUUCCCAUCAUGCAUGCACGCAUGCAUGAUUAGCGUUCGGGAACCACAAAUAAUGCGUGUGGCGCCAUGCGCCGUCUUUGUAACCUUUGUAAUCCAAUAAAUCUGAAUCUCGUUGCAAUUAA